AUGUAUUCUAGUCCACUUGAUUUUGCCUCCGAUGUUCGGUUGGUGUUUGAGAAUACGAUGCUUUAUAACCCCAAGACGUAUGAGGUUCAUGGAAUGGCUCAUCAGCUGCUUUCGUGGGACGAUAUACAGACGCCUGAGAGAUCCAAGAAGCCAAAAUUUAGUGACCCGGUUGCUCCUGUUUUAAACAAGCAAAAUCACUCGACUACAUCUAAACCGAUCGUCCCACCUGUUGUUCAGCCGCCUAUGCGGACGCCAUCGCCAAUGCAGGCUGCGGAACCAGAACCAGAACAGAUCAAACCGUCAUCAACUGCGACACGAGGAACUGUGCCGAAGCUGCCCAAGCCUAGAGCCAAGGAUCCGAACAAGAGGGACAUGAACAUGAAAGAGAAACAGAAAUUGGGGUUAUGGCUGCAAAGUAUGCCACCAGAGAAGAUGCCACAGUUGUUGCCGAUCGUUGAGGGGAUUAAGAAAAACAAGAAGGAAGCAGGGGAAGAAGAUGCCGAUAUUGGUGAUGAGACGCUGCAGAACAGCUUCCCACAUGUGGAGAUUAAGAAAGAUGAUGGUGGUGGACAGGGUCAAGCUGCAGGCCAUGGAAAUGAGAAUGCAAGCAGCAGCUCUAACGGGUGA